CUCUUGUGGCUCCAACUCUCGCCUCCCCUCCUCUGCGAUGGACGUCGACUACUACGAGCUGCUCGGGCUCAGCCCGUCCGCGUCGACGGACGCGGUCCGCAAUGCCUACAAGGAGAAGGCGAUGAAGCACCACCCCGACCGCGGAGGCAGCGCCCCGCUCUGGGCGCAGAUCCAAAAGGCGUACGACACGCUGUCGGACCUGCAGCGGCGCGCCGUGUACGACCGGACAAAGGCGGACGCGGAGGGCGGCGCCGAGCGGCAGUUUGCCCAGAAGUUCGGCGAGGGCACCUUCGACCUCUCCGAGUCGGGCCCGUCCGCCGAGUCGGGCCAGGGCGCGGCUCGCGGCAGAAAGGGAGGCAUGAACAUCCUGAAGCAGAUGGCCGAGGUGAGGAAGGACGAAGAGCGGCUGGCCGCGUCGAACCGCACCGCCGUGAUCCAGUCCGGCUUCUCGAUGACCCACUCCGCCGGCUUUGACGCGUGGAUGCGGAACCAAAAGGGACUCGGCAAACACAACUUUUUCACGGCAGACGACCUGCUGCGCGAGGCAAAGGGCGGCAUGAUGGGCGGCCUGAUCGAGGCGACCGGCUCGACGACGACGCCGCUCCCAUCGCUCACCGCCACCGCCGUGCGCUACGACCGCCACGGCCCGCCCGAGGAGGUGCUCCGCGUGGACCCGCAGUACCAGCUCCCCUCCUCGCUCGAGCACGGCGAGGUGCUCGUCUACUGGCUCGCCGCCUGCGUCAACGAAGAGGACCUGCUGCGCGUGCAGACGCCACUCACCAUCCUCAACAACUUCCCGCCCUUCAGCCGGACAAAGCACAAGUGGGAGGAGAUCCGGCUGCCCGCCACCGCCGGCGGCGAGGGCGUGGGCAUCGUCAUCGCCACGGCCAAGGACGUCACUCCCCUCAAGGUUGACGAGGGCGACGAGAUCGGCAAGGCCGUCCGCAGCCUGCCCGGCCUCAGCAGCGGAAAGAGCGAGGGGCUCGAGGUCAAGGACUGGGUUCCGGCGCAGCUGCUGCCGCUGCAGCACUACGCGUGCUCCCGCUCCCUCUGCACCGCCUACCGCCUCCUCGAGGACUACGGCUCGCUCCGGCCCGGCGACACCAUCAUCCAGAACGCGGCCGACCUGCCCGUCGGCCAGGCGGUGAUCCAGCUCUGCAAGAUGCUCAAGAUUCGGUCGAUCAACCUGGUGCCCGACGACGAGGGCUUCGAGCGGACCAAGGAGCUGCUCGUCCAGCUCGGCGCCACCCACGUCCUGCGCGACAACUCCAAGCUCGCAGAGUUCCUCGAGGCGCUCGGCAGCGAGAUGCCGCGCCUCGCCCUCGACUCGCUCGGCGGCGACGCGGGGCGGCGGCUCGCGAUCGCGCUGCGGCCGGGCGGCGCGCUGGUGGUGCACUCGAUGCAGUCGGGGCAGGUGCCGCAGCUCUCGCCUUCGCUCAUCAUGUACCAGCAGGUCUCGCUCUACGGCUUCAACCUCUCUCAGUGGGUGAGCGAGCACGGCGCCGAGGCGUACCUGCAGAUGCUGCGCACCCUCGCGGAGCUCGUGCAGGCGGAGCGGCUCAACGUCUUCACGCGCACCCUGCCGGUCGAGCGGCUCGACGCCGACGCCCUCGCCGCCGCCCUCUCCUCGCACCGCGCCGUCCAGGACGCAAAGUCCUUCCGCGAGCGCACCGUCUUUCUCCUCGGCUCAGAGGCGGCGGCGAACGACGUCUACUUCGAGGUGUCGGCCGCCAUCCGCCGGCUCGAGAGCAGCGCGGACAACGGGUUUGACCCCGCCUCGCCGCCGUACCGCACGCCCGGAGGCUCGAGCGUCCACCAGGGCAAGAGCCCCGCCGCCGGGGCGGUGCGUCCGUCGGAGCGGUGGGCCGACGCGGGCGCGAUGCUCAAGGAGCUCGAGCUGGAGCAGUACGUCUCGAACUUUGAGGAGGAGGAGAUGACGUCGAUGGCGCUGCUCGAGGACAUCGUCAACCGCAGCGACGGCGAGAAGGAGCUCAUGGAGGCGCUCAAGGAGAUGGGCAUCAAAAAGAUGGGCCACCGGCAGACCAUCGUCGGCGCCGUGCUGGGCAAGCUGUGAGCGGGCGGCGGAGGCGCGGGGGAGGGAAGAGCGGAGGGCGCCGCCCUCCCACACACCUCAGUCUGCGCGUCCACUCCACACGUCCACUCCACACGUCCAUGCGCCGGGCCCGACUCAAAUCGCGUCUCGGCGCAAAAAAUUCAGCGCGAGGUGGGCGAGCCCUGCCCUAGAGGGAAUUUUUC